AUGAAUGCGCACAGAUUGCGCAAAUGGAAUCCGAUCAAAAUUUUCAUGUAUCUGUUGCUAGCAAUUUGUUCCUUAUUAGUUUUUUGGUGUCAAGGUGCACUCACUAUGCACUUGACACCGCUUGAUUUUUCAUCAUUGAAUGUGGAACAUCGUCGUCGCAAUUAUCCCCCACUGACUGAACUAUCCUAUUCACCAUCAGCUUCAAGACAAAAUUUUUUUGUCUCGUUGUUAAGGAACUCAACUGUCAAUCAUGACAAACUUACAUCACAACAACAUUACCAGCAACAACAUAAUGAAUAUCCAAUUAAAUAUCUCAAUGAGAUCGAAGACUUCAGUCGAAGAAAAACAUGGCACAUGCGAAUGCGGAAAAAGCAUGCAAGAUUAGAAGCUCACCGAAAACGAAGGCUACUCUUUCAGCGGAUUCUCGAUCAACGAACAAAUGUUGGGGGGAAUUAUGAAAAUACAAUUGAAAAUCUGAAAAUAAGUGCAAAUCCCAAGCUAAAUAUAAAUAAUUUAAAACAUAUAAUUAACCAAAAUAUAAUUACUCAGCAUAACCAUAACAAUAAUAAAUUAUAUAUUAAGAAUACAACAUCGAAUGGAGAUUAUUGGAAGGAAGAAAUAUUUGAUGCGUUGCACAAAAUUAUGGCAAACAUAUCUGUUGCAAGUAAUCGUAGUAGAAGAGAUUCUCGAUAUCAUCACCAGCAUAAUAUGCAUUUGCCAUCGUCGUCCAACCCUCCAUCAUUUUUAUUGAAUAACACCAACAUUAACCAAAAUUACCAUCGUAGUAAUCGUAAUGGACAUCGUCAAAGGCGUAGAAAAUAUUGUUCAGCGCGAGAUCCACGAACACUGGCCUUUGAGGCUCCAACAGUAUUUGAAGGAAAAAUAAAGUCAAUGACGCCUGAUCGUCAAGCCAAUUUCUCAGCGACAGUUGAGAUUCUUAAAGUGUACAAGCAACAGCUCAAUUUUGCUCUUCCACGUCAAGUGCGUCUUCAGUUUUCAUAUAAAAACACCAGUGAAUGUGACAUUUACCGUGAAGAGUUCCGUCACCGAGGUUUUGUACGUAAUUUCACUAUGAUAGGGCAACCAAUUAAAAAAAUCAGCCGUACUGCAAAAGAUGUAGAGAUAGGAGUAAAUGAAAAAUAUGGGAAACGUGCGUCGAUAGAAUCAAUAUCACCCAACUUAAAAGUUAAAGAGGGAAAAAGCGUGCGUAUCGUGUGUAAAGUAAAUGGAGAGCCGGCACCGAAAGUUACUUGGUUUAAAAAUGGCCGAUCCAUUAAUAGAAAUAAAACAAAAUAUCAUUUCGUCCAAUGGACACGGAAAAGAGCUGAUCUCAUAAUUAAAUCUACUGUUUGGAGUGAUAGUGGAAAAUAUGAAUGUAGAGCCAAAAACAAGUUGACAUAUAAGCGGCCGGUGUUCAGUUUUACAUGGCUCGAUGUGUUAUCGAAACACAACCCAAUCACAGAACGGACGAAUAAACCAUAUAGCGAGGGAAUGAAAGAAUGUCCUGCAGGUCUAGCAAGCGAGGCAUUUUGUCUGAAUGGUGGUAGAUGCCGUUUUAUUGAAUCAAUUCAGGAAGCUUCAUGCGAUUGUCCCGAUGGUUUCAGUGGUAAACGAUGUGAGGAUAAAACACCAAAUAUAACAGCGAGUACGUACAAUAAACAACAAGAAUGUCCACAAUAUUUAGGAAGUUUUUAUUGUUGAAGAAAUUUAGGCUCUCCCGUUUUCGUGGGUAAAAGCUAUUAACAAAUAUGUAACAUAUUUCAGUUUAUAGCCUUACAAAGUUCUAAGUACUUUAUUCCGUUACAUGUAUUAAACUCAAAUAAAAAAAUGGAUCACAUCGAUGUUAGGUGAAAGGAAAUUAAAAACUUUUCAUUUUUAAAUUGACUAUGGAUGAAACCUUCAGAAAUUAAUGCACCGUAUUGUAUGAUUUGGAGGCUUUCGAAAUCAUAAGUUGAACUAUUUAUUUCGUGUUUUUCAACUAAAUAAUUUGUCUAUUUGUAUGCAAUAUGAAAAAAAAUGUUCAUAAAUUUACAGUACAAAUUUUUGUUGACUAUGAAUUUAAAACAAAAUAAGAAGAACAACAAAUCAGACAAUAAAUCAUUUUUUUCACUAUUUUCAAGACUUUUUUAGGAAAUGAAAUUUUUACAACUUCAAAUCUAAGCAAAUGAAUUUAAAAGGAUUAUUGAGCCUUAAAACUAUAGAUUGAUACAAAGUUUUAAUUAAAAGAAGAAGUUUACAUUCCAAAUUUCAUUUCGACUCAUUCUCCGUGUUAUAAAUAAUGAAAUCUCAUUUCAAGGAAGUUAAAAUUGAAGUCUUUUUAUUUUAUAUUGUUCGAAACAAAUAAGUUACAAAAAGAGCCUAAAUUUCUUAAUCAUUAAGAACCAUAAAU